AUGUUCGUCGAACAACAUAAUAGUAUUGUUAAUUAUGACGUUCAAGUGACAAACGCGUACAAAAGUUAUGAGACAAACAAUAUUAUACUCAAUGGAUUGAGCAUGAAAGUGGCAUCUGGAUCUAUGUAAGAAUCUGAUUUUAAUUUCAUGAUAUUAUUAUACGAACAGUUGACGGCAAACCAGUUGCUCCUGUGAAUUGAAAACUAUAAUUUCUAGAGGAAAGAAUCUGUAACCGCAGGGUUUGGAAAUCGUUACGUGGAUAUGCCUUUAAGUUUUUAUAACAAAUCCAGUAUCGUGCUACCUACCCCACUAAUUUUAUUUGAAUAUACACCUAUCAAAACCUAACCAUUGUAAUAUAAAAAGUACCCAAAUACAUGUAAAUUACUAUUUGUAUUAUAUUACACAUUGAUUUCAUACCUACACGUGUACAUUUAAGUACACGCGAAAUCAAAAGCACUAAUUCAUAUAAAAUCGUAGCUCUACAAAAGUAUUUAAUUAACUUAUAAUACUUAUAAUUAACCUUCUGUUAAAUGUUUAAGUAUUUUUGUAACUCUAACAAUUUAUCUACAGGAUAACUACCGAAUAAAAAUUACGUAAACCACUUGCAAAAUUUAAAUAAUAAAAUCAAUGCACCGUAAUUUGAAAAAAAAAAAUCAUAUUUUUCAUCUUCUUCGGGUUUUUCUAAUAAUUUUAAAAUAUUUAAGAUAUCUGAAAAUAACUUUCACAGUAGCUAUAGUUCAAAAGAAGGAAAACUGGUCUCUUGUCAUUUUUCGAUUGGAACAAUAUUUCUGGUAAAAAACAUCGAGUAAACAAAUUUAAAAUAAUAAUUCGGUAAUGCUGUGGCAUGUACUUAUAAUUUUCUUUCAGGUUUUUUCAAAUUAUUUUGAAAACCCAUAAGAAUCCCUGGGCAUAAACUAGAUAAAAUUAUUAAGAUGCUACACUUUAUACUCCAAAGAAAAUUUGCUGGUAAAAAAAUGGCUCACUGACAAAAAAUAAAGAACUGAUAAGGGAAACGGGAACAGGAGGAAAGUGGCAAAAGUAGGAUACAUAAAGUUAUUUAUCAUACCUGUAACCAAUGAUAAACCAUUGCUAACGUAAAACGAUCCAAAGCGAAGUGAAUUUAAAGUGAAUUAUAAAAAUUAAAAACAAAAUUAAAAUUUUUAAAUUAAUUUUUUUUUGUUAAUUUUCCCCUUUUUUUCUACGUAUUUUCGAUUUUGCUCAACUAUUUAAAAAACUACAAGAAAAAUUUGAAAAAACUUUUUUUUCUUGAUCACCAACAAGACUAAAAAUAAAACAAAGGAGGUAUUUUGCUGUUUUUCUAUUGGAGCAAUAUUUCUAGUAGAGCACAUUAGGCAUACAAAUUUUAAAAUAUGAAAUCAUAAUACCGAAAGUCUUAACUUUCUAGAAAUAGCAAAUAUAAAUUAUCUGUCCAAAUUUCAAGUCUUUACGAAUAUUUUUAACAGAAUUAGAAAAAAUAUCAAUUCAAAAAAUUUGACUAACUACCAUUUCAAAAUAAGCAAAGAUAAUAUGAUAAACUUCAUAUUAUUUUACAAUGAUCAUUCUCUAUUAUUUUAUUCAUUUACAUUAUUGUUAUUUCAUAAAAAUUAACUACUUAAAAAGAAGUAUAAUAAUCACUAUUUAAAUUGAAUAAUUUAUAAUAUAAUAUAUUGUUAUAUAAUUUUAAUACUAAGUUAUGAAAUCAGAUGUAUCACAUUGCCCAAUCUUUUACGUUGGAAUUUUUGGACCUCGAGUAAGAAACUUUAUACACAUAAAUUUAAGUAUCUCUAUUUUUCAAUAAAUUAUACGAAAUAAAAACAGCAUACAUAUUCAUUUUGAGUAUUACGUUUAUUGUUAUUAUACAAAUUAUAGUUUUAAGGAAAUUCGUAAUAAACCGACUAGGUACGUCAUCAAUCAUAUUGUUCUAAUUUAUAAUCAUAAACGCAUAAAACAAUAUAUUGUAAUAAAUACGAAAAAUAGCAUGGAUAUUAAAAAAAAUAAAUAAUGAAAAAAAAAUGUAUUCAAUUUCACAAGAAUAACACAAAAUCAGCAAACGUUGGUUUAAAUGUUACUUUUUGCGUUAAAAGACCUCGACCCUAUUAAAUUAUCGCUUGUUUACAAGCAUGCAUAUCGUAAUGCCAUGCAAAAUAUAGUAACGAUCGAUCAUUGCAUUAAACUCAAAUUCGUUUUUUAGACAACUAAGUACAACUUAUAGUAUACCUUGUGUUAAAUUUUCAAGAAUUUUACUCAAAUCAUUUAAUUUUAAUGACCAACCAAAUAAAAACACAUAUAAAACAUGAAAAUAUCAAAUACAUAUAUAUAGCUAGAAUGUUUUGACAAUUUUACCAUGUUUACACAAGGCCAAUACUCGUAUAUCUAAGUAGUUUAUGAACAUUACAUGUUUCCAAAAUAAUUUUUAACCGAAUAACAACAGAAAUCCCAAACUACCGUAUAUUUUACCAUAUUUCCUACGUUUAUUCUCGGUUUUUUUUAUUGGCUAAAAAUAGAUCAAAUGUUUUUAAAAUUUUACCACAUUUAGAAAAAGCAAUUACGAACUUUCUGUCAAUAUUUUAAGUCUCUACGAAUAUUUUAAACUCAAUUACAUUGUAAAAACAAAAUUUAAAAUAAUAAAAUAAUUAUUAUCACAUAUUUUCCCGUUAUUUCUACGUAUUUUUCAGUUUUGCUCAAUUCUAUUUGCUCAAAUAAAGAUAGUCAAAAAACGACAUUCUUGUUCACCAACGAGAUUAAAAAUGCAACAAAAAAGGCCUCUUGUCGGUGUUUUUAGUUUUGAGUAAAUUUCUUCUAUAAGACGUGCUUAAAGUUAAAAUUUUUAUUAAAAAAGCAAAAUAUGCAACGUCUCUUCAGUGAUUGAACUUAGGGUUGUUCUAUUGUAGGUUGUAUUUAAUUCUAAAUGUUAACAAAAUUUCUCGGUCAUUUUCAUUCGAAUAUUCAUAAUUGUAUCCUACUAUUUUAGAGAACAUAUAAGUCAUUUAAUUAGAACGUCGUUAUAAAUAUGUUAUCAAAAUAUUAUGUUCUGACAGUUAUGGCCUUUUGGGACCGAGCGGUUGCGGUAAAUCGACACUUUUUCAGUGUAUUUUGGGAAAAACUUCGUUGGACUCUGGAGAUAUAGAAUUGAAUGCACAACGAUUAAACGACAUUGGUUACAUGCCACAAGUAUGCGUUAAAACUCCAAAACUAAACAGAUAUUGUUGAAUUAAAAACCUUUGCGAUAUACUUUUUAAGGAUUUAUGUUUGGACGAGAAAUUGACUAUCAAAGAAACGUUUGAAUACUACGGAUCGCUCUAUGCAAUGCGCAAGAAAAAAAUUGCGAAAAGAAUUGACGAACUUAUGAUAUUUCUCAAAUUACCAGAUUUCAAUAGUUUAAUAAGCAAUCUGAGGUAAAAUUUAUUUGAAUUUCAUAAAAAAAGUAAAAACAAUGAUUAUCACUAAAUAAUAUUUCAUUUAUCAUGUAUUCAAAAUUGCACAACAACAAAGAGAAAUAUAUUUAACGAUUGCGUAUCGAUAAACGAGAGUCGUCGAUUUGCCCAUAAAUGGCAAACAUGGAUUCUUAGUUACUAUUUAUUCGAUGAUUAUAAUACUAUAUUUACGUACUAACCUUUUGCUGAUGUUCAUAAUAUUAGUUUUUUAUGUUUAGUGGUGGUCAGAGUAGAAGAGUAUCUCUGGCAAUUAGUAUACUACAUGAUCCAAAAAUUAUUUUUUUGGAUGAACCAACAGUCGGAAUCGAUUCUUUAAUUAGACACGAGUAAUUUAUUUUAAUAUUGUUUAAGUUUAACUAUAAUAAUUACCUAUUCAAUAAUCUCAUACGCUGUUUAGAAUUUGGAUGGAGUUUUCAAAGAUGGUCGAACAACAUAAAAAAACGAUCAUUAUAACUACGCAUUAUAUACAGGAAGCAAAUCUAGCUAAUUCCGUGAGUGUAAUACAUUACCAAAUUCAUUUGUAUUUUUUAUAAACCGAUAGAAAAUAGUUUUGGAGUUAAAACUGGAAUUUGUACAAUGUUAACUGUUUAAACAGCUUGAAAUAAUCAGUGAUAAUAUUAAAUUGACCUUCUUAAUGAUUGUGAAAUCUGACUGAUCUAAUACAUAUAUUAUACAUGCGAUAGUGUACAUUAUGAUUAAAGAUCUUUUUAAUUAUAUUAUCUUCAUAUUAAAUCUGAUUUUUUACCUAAUAGCUUGUAGUGACUGUAUUCAUUAAUUGUUUAAUAUAAUAGGUUCACUUUUAAAUUUUAAUAAUUAAUGAACACUAUUCGAGGUUAAAUUUUAAUGAAAACUAAUAGACGACAGACGUAUUUUGUGUAUACAUUAUGUUUUGAUUUGACUAUUAUCGUUGCAGAUUGGUUUAAUGAGAAAUGGAGUAAUAAUAGAAGAAGGAUCGCCUCAACAUAUCCUCGCUAAAUAUAAUACGGAUUCGUUGGAAUCAGCUUUUCUGAAACUAUGCUAUAACCAAAAUAAAAAUCAAGUACGUAUAGAAAUAUUAUAUAGGGGCGGUUGAAUAGAGGGUUCGAUAUAGCUGAUCCCCCCCCCAUUAACUCAUUAUUCUUAAAUAUUAAUAAUAAUCUACAAGAUAAUUUUUUAAGCAUAAUUAAAGCUUGUUCCAUUUGUAUGGUUAAAUUAUGCAUACAUUCGAAUCAUAAUAUUUAGAAUUUUUAUACAAAGUGAAUGACGAUUGAGUAAAGCUACUUUAUUUUUUUUAAACGAGAACCUAUAAUAUGUUUUAAUGCGAAUUCUCACUCAGAUGACUUUUAUUGAAAAAUAUUGACGUAUUUUAAUCGAAAUUUGAAUGAAAUGAUAGCUGUUCUUAAAAAUUAUCCGUAUCCUUCCUCCCAUGACAAAAUCAUUUGACCGCCAUUAAUAUUAAAUACGAGUUUAUAUUAUAAUAUAAGUAUAUGUACUUUCAGUCGUUUAAUAUAACAUUUUCACUUGGAUGUACUAAUUUGAAACGCGUAUGAGUAAAAUAUUUUAUCUGAUUUAUUCACUUAUAGGUUGUCAUCAAUAACGAUAACGGUGUUCAAGUGAACCACGAUAAUACUCCACAAACGGAAAAAUUAACAAUACUCAAGGACAAAUUUAAUUUCAAUAGGGCUAAAGCUCUGGUGAAAAAAUACAUUAAUUUAUUUUCUCGUGAUUAUGUGUAAGUAUAUUAGGUUUGGACACUUAUGUACUAUUUAUAAAUAUUCUCAUUUUGAAAAAUAAUGAUUUCGAUAUUAUUCUGCAAAACGACAAGUAUAGAUUAUUGAUGACAAUGUUCUUGCUGCCCAUACUGCAAUCGUGGAUAACGUGCAAUUGUAUAGGAACCGAAUUUAAAGAUAUGAAGAUCGCAAUAAAAAACGACGAGGUCGAUUUUUGGGAUUUCCGCCGUUCAAACAUCGACGGGUGCAUUCUCGAUGGAGAAAACAAUCAGAAAAUUAGCGGUGUCGUUAUGAGCCGUCUGGAAUUACUCGGUUACACACUAGUAAGCCAUUUAGGAAUACAAUUUACUCCCAACUCACUUAUAAAGAAUAAUGUUGAUAAUUUUAUUCCGCAUUAUUUCAGAACGAAGUUGAGAACCGUAAUGACGGUGAAAUGACAAUGAGCAAUAGCUCCAAGUACAUAGCAUUUAUUCAUUUCCCGGAAAACUAUACCAGGGCAUUUAGCAAAUAUAUCGUUGACCGUCAGAAUUACUAUUACAAUUCGCAAGUUUAUGUGGACUUAAACAAGUAUAGUUAGUAAAAUAUUACCUUUCGUACUACGAUUUCUCGUUUGAUUGAUAUUUUUAAAUAGGUACUUACCUAUUUACACAUAAUUGUUAACCAUUAUUAUUAUAUAAUUACAGAUGUUCUGUUCAAAAAUAAAAUAGUUUUCGAUGUAAAAGAUACGUUGGAUCGUAUAACGGAGAACAUUUUAAGUGGUUGUUCGUAUAACUCAAACGCAGUAAAAGCACUCGGUAUACCCUUGGUACAAACGAUGGGAUAUUUUUUAUUUAGUAUUCAGAAUAUCAUUUAUUUGAACGAUUAAUAUUAUCAUUAUUUUUAGUACUCAAUUAAUUUAAUUUGAUUAUUUAUUUUUCUUUCAGAAUCUCGUUGUAACAUCUGGGAAGGAUGUAAAAACAAAUAACAACUCAAUAGUGACUUAUUUAGUAGCAAUGUAACUAUUUUUAUUUUUAGUAGUGUCCAAAGAAAAAUAUUAAAAUCAAAUGUUUAAUACUUGUUAUCAACAAAAUUAAAUAUGCAAUCAAUCAGUGAUGCAACCUAGAGAGAAAGUGUUUUGUGUGCUUUAACGAUAUUUAUGUAACAUAAUUUUAUUAAAAAGUGUCCUCACAAAAAAUAAAUACGUAAUAUGAUUGAUUGAUUCAAAGAUACAAAUUUUUUGAUAUUUUAAAAUAUUAAUUUCAAACAAUCUUUUUAAUAUUUCCGUUUGUUUAUAUUUUUUUAGAAUAGCAUUUUACCAUUCAUGCUUAUUUUCAAUGAGUAUCAUGCUCUCAGAAAGAAUGGACGGAAUCCUUCAACGCUCUAAGUUUGCAGGUUUUUGACUGCCUAAAAUAAUAAUUAUUCUAUUUUUAAUAAUAAUAAUACAAAUAAUAAUGACAAUAUAGUAAAAAAUAUAUAAUUAAUAAUCAUUAAUUAUAUUAUUAAUUAUGAAUACUAUGGUUAUAUAACAAAUCUAUGAUAACAAUUGUAUUAUCUUUUUAGGCCUCAAAAUAUCGGAAUUAGUGUUUGCAUUGUUUUCCAUCUCUAGUGUGAUAUUAAUAACUGAAAUGAUUGUUCCCUUAUUCAUUAUUUACAUAUGGUACGCAAAUCCGAUUCAAGUAACCAACGGUCUGGUUGGGUACAAUAUUUUACUGAUAUUCGUAGGAUGGACGGGAUUUUUUUUCGGUAUGUAUUAACAAUUAUAAAAAAAAAAAUAUUGUAACGCAGAUUUAUAUUGAAAAAUCAACACGAGGUUCAUUAUAAGAUGCACUAAGAAGUAUACAAAAACACAUUGAGAGUAAUUUGUAUACUUAGUAUUUUUUUUUAAGUGUUUUAAGAUUAAAUUUGAAUGAAAAUAGUAUAACACGGCAUUUAAAAAUAUUUAUAACCAUUCUUAACUCAGAAUUGUAUUUUGUUAGAAAUGAUUUAUCGUUGUGUACAGAUAUAAAUUACAGAACUUGAAUCCUAACUAUAUAUCCUAUUUUUCUAACUUUUUUUUAUAUUUAUGUGUUACUUUAAAUACACGAAAGAAAAAUAGUUAUUACCAUUUAAUUUGGGUGUCAAAGACAAUUAAAUACUCUUUUUAAAGAUAAAAACCUGGACAACAAUGAUUUACUCUGAUAGAAAUAAGAAAUGAAACGGACAGACACGUUAAAUUGAAUUUCUUUCAUUGAUUGCUAGUUAUUAUAUAUUAUACAUCCUAAUCGUACAUAAUUUAAUUUUUUAAGGUCUAUUUACAUACAACAGUGACGUGACAGUGUCGUGGCCGUUCCGAGAUUCCAUCGGCCAGCUUAAUAAUAUUCUUAAAGAUAGUUGUACUCACUCGUCCGGCGCUUGACCGUACCGUCGCAGGCAGUGCUGUCGCCGUCACCGUGCCGUGAUGGUGAGAUUUCUUUCGGACGAUAUUUUUCUCAUUUCACGGCCGUGAUUUUUAGUUUGGUGUUGACUUUUCCCGGUUUUAGGUAUAAUGCACUAAACACAACGUCGGAUGAAACACUAAUCAGUGUAAAUAGAAAUCACAGCCGGUGGAAUCCCGGAACGUUCACGGCACUGUCACGUCACUGCUGUGUGCAAAUAGACCUUUAUUGUUAUCGUCAAAAAUAUGUUUAUUUAAAUGAUUUACACCUAUAUAUUUACUAUUAUUUCAGGUUUAAUUGUCGCCUGUGUGUCACCAACCAAAUUAGUAGGCAUAACCAUUGUAAACGGAUUUACCUUCUCGCAGGCUCUGCUGUCGGGUAAAUAAUAUAUUGGUAUAUUUAUAUAAUAUUGCAGUUAUCUUAAUGGAAUCGUUAUCAUACUACUAUUUUUAAUGACAUGGUUGUAUGUGAAAAUCGAAAAAAUUAUUUAACUGCGAUAACAAUAACUAGAAAAAUAGUUAAUUUAAUAUUAUUUAUUUCACACAUUUUAUUAAGUAUACACAAUAAAAUUAUAGAAAAAAAUAAUUAUCGUCAAAAAAACAAAUAUUAAUAAUAUUGAAAUAGUUAAAUAAGUAAUAACUGUAGCAAAAAUAUAAUUUAUAUCUGCAACAAUAAAUAUAAUGGGCUACAAGCAGAGGAUAUCGGAUAUCGAGGUUAUUUUUCAAAUAUUAUAUUUAAAAAAAAAUGACUAUAUUAAUGUCUCUGGAAUAUGAAGAAGUCAAUUAUUCAACCAAUACAUCCGUAAUAAUAAUCACGACUUUUGAUUUCAUAUAGAGGAUCAAUUAUCGGUUUUAUAAUCAUGGUCAAAGGCACCGAGUAUAUGGGAGCUCCGAGCCACAGCCCUCAUUGACAUUGUUGAGUUGGGCUCAUCUCCCGAAGGUUUUAGGUAACGGAUACAUAAGCGUUUAUUCUUAACACAAAAAUGUCGAAGUUUUCUACCAUAAAUUAAAAAUAUUAAUACAAAUAAUACUAUUAUUGUUCAUUAAAAUAUACUAUUAAUUUAUACAAUAUACAUAUUAUGACUAAAAAUUGUUUAGAACUUCUUAUCACGAAUAACUGGUUCUUAGGUAGUUAUAGAUAUUUGAAAUUCACGUGGUUUACACCAUUAAUACACAGAGUGCAUUUUAAUGAUAAAUCGUAAAAGUUUUUUGACUAUAGUAAACUUAAUUAUAUUAUAGGUACAAAUUAAAUUGUAAUUGAAUAACAAAACCAGUUGAAAAUAAGUAAUGUAGUUAUUCUAUUUUAUGUUUAAUAUAAAAUAACUAUGCUACACUAUUUCCCUCAACAGCUUUAUAAGAAUUCUCUAAUUUUCGCCAUUUUAACAAUGCAAUUUGAACCCGUUUACAAGUUAUUUCAAUUUUGAAUUUUUCGUUUUAUAGGAAAGGAGAUAAAGUGGAGCACUAUUCAUAUAGCAAAUGCAACGUCGGAACAUAAAUGAUGUUCGGCUAAUCUCUCCUUCCCAUAAAACGAUAAACUUAAAAAUAUCUCUUCAAGCGAUCGACGUAAACUAAAAAUGUCAACACCAAAAUAUACUUAAAAUAAAACCUCAUCUAUUUAUUGAACUUUAAACAUAGAUUUAUAUUUGAAAAUAAUUAAUACUUUUCGAGAUAAUGAAUGUCUUACGAUAUGUUGAUCGCCUUAUAUUGCAGAUUUUUAUUUGAUUUUUUGGUUUUUAUACUUAGGUGGCGUUUGGCCGGUAGAAGCGCAGCCACCGUUGUUAAAAAUGGUAUCCGAGUUUCUUCCAAUACGUAGAUCGGGCAUCAUAAUGAUGGAUAUUACGUUGAAAGGUUGGACGUUAGACCAUCCAUUAGUGAUAUGGAACGUUAUAGGAAUGUUUUUCUAUAACGUAAUAUUAGUUUUGGUUCUGAUCGGCCUGGGAAAAUUAAAAAAAAACAUCUGGACCAUCAAGUAA